UGAGCGCAUGGGACGAAGCUACUGCUUCAUUCGUUGCAGGGUGACUUGACUCUAUCCUGAGGACCGCUCUCGACCAGGUCUCCUUACGAUCAGUCUUUCUUUCCUCCUCCCAGCCUAGUCAUGAACAGAGUGCGACGUUUCUAGAAGCAGUGUGCCUUGCACAAUUCCACCAGUCUCACCCUCACGGCCAUUGCUAUGCGGAUCUUCCUCCUCCCGCUCACGACACGUCAAGCCUUGAUCUUCUGCCAACGCGCCACGCCGAAUCCUCAGGGCAAAUUGAGCAUUCCUGACCGCAUCACGAAGAAGGCAGCCGAAACAUGGGCACAAUGGGAGGCUGCUAAAGGAGGAUGGAGGAAACAGAUCGUGACGUACGGCAACCGAGGCCUUCAGCGGAUCCCAUACCAGGAAUGGGGCUUGAAGAGCUUUCCUCCUUCGAAUCCCAAGCUCCAAGCAGAACAGAUCGCGAACAACGAGAAGUUUGACGUGAUAUACCCAAGCAAUGUGAUGCACUCAGGCGAUGUUCCCAAAGUCAUGGCAAGACUGGCGCGGGAAAGGAAACAACUGCACUGGAAUCGUUUCAUUGGAAGCAUGGUAGCUAUGCCAUUUACAGUUCCUUUUGCUCUGGUGCCAGUGAUACCCAAUAUACCCUUCUUCUACCUCGCUUACCGGUGUUGGUCGCAUUGGAGAGCUUUGAAAGGCUCCGAUCAUCUAGAUUUCAUCCUCGACCACCGAUUAUACCGACCGAUAUCGCCUCCAGAAGUGGAGGAUUUGUAUGAACAAGUGGCCCCUGAUGCACCCGACUUCAAAUUCGUGACCCGAACCCAGGUCCUGGACGACAGUGUGCCUCCAGAACAGAUCAUACUGCCUGCGGACAGUCACGAUCUCGUGGCUAAAGUAACCGGGGUUCCAGAGCUGAGUGGCGAGGUAGAACGAGCGGUAUGGCAAAUUCAGCGGCAGUUUGAGCGAGAAAAGUCCCAGCAAGCAGCAAAGCAGUCCGAGAAAGCUGGUACGAAGCCGGAAAAAGACGAUAAAGGCAUGUAGAGGCGCGCUGGGGCGUUUGCGAUAUCUGCAGAACAGGCAAUGAUGGGAAGUCUCCCUCACCAUGUGUACCGCAGCUCCUGCAUUGCCGGCGCUGUGUACAAUACACAAUCAAAUGAACCUCCAUCUAAAUGAAAGAACACCUGUUUCCA